AUGGAGGAUGCGGGAGCAGCCGGCCCGGGGCCGGAGCCCGAGCCCGAGCCCGAGCCGGAGACGGGCGCCAGCACAUCCAUGGCGUUCUCCCGGCUCUGGACCGAUGUGAUGGGCAUCCUGGACGGCUCCCUGGGCAACAUCGAUGACCUGGCGCAGCAGUAUGCAGAUUACUACAACACCUACUUCUCCGAUGUGUGCGAGAGGAUGGAGGAGCUGCGGAAGCGGCGGGUCUCCCAGGACCUGGACGCGGAGAAAGCCGAUGCCAGCCCCACGUCACUUCAGCUGCGGUCCCAGAUCGAAGAGUCGCUGGGUUUCUGCAGCGCCGUGUCAACACCAGAAGUGGAAAGGAAGAACUGUCUUCACAAGUCCAACUCAGAGGACAGCUCUGUAGGAAAAGGAGAUUGGAAGAAGAAAAAUAAGUAUUUCUGGCAGAACUUCCGAAAGCACCAGAAAGGAGUAAUGAGGCAGACUUCUAAAGGAGAAGAUGUGGGCUAUGUCGCAAGCGAAAUAACGAUGAGUGACGAGGAGCGGAUUCAGCUGAUGAUGAUGGUCAAGGAGAAGAUGAUCACCAUCGAGGAAGCACUGGCCAGGCUCAAGGAGUACGAGGCCCAGCACCGGCAGCCCGCCGCCUUGGAUCCUGCCGACUGGCCAGAAGGCUCUUACCCCACGUUUGAUGGCUUAUCAAACUGCAACUCAAGAGAACAAUCGGAUGAUGAGACCGAGGAGUCGGUGAAGUUUAAGAGGUUACACAAGCUGGUCAACUCCACUCGCAGAGUGAGAAAGAAACUAAUCAGGGUGGAAGAAAUGAAAAAGCCCAGCACGGAAGGCGGGGAGGAGCCGGUGUUUGAGAGUCCCCCGGUGCUGGACGAGAGGUCGGCCCUCUACUCCGGGGUGCACAAGAAGCCGUUUUUCUUCGAUGGCUCCCCCGAGAAGCCUCCGGAAGACGAUGCCGACGCUUUCACCACCGCUCCAGCCUCUGGCCACCCGGACACCUGGGCAGCUGGCCGGAAGCUGGUCAAGACCUUCAGCAAAGGCGAGAGCCGGGGCCUCAUUAAGCCCCCCAAGAAGAUGGGGACGUUCUUCUCCUACCCAGAAGAAGAGAAGGCCCAGAAGGUGUCCCGCUCCCUGACCGAGGGGGAGAUGAAGAAGAACCUGGGGUCGCUGAGCCACGGGAGAACCUGCAGUUUUGGAGGAUUUGACCUGACGAAUCGUUCUCUGCACGUUGGCGGUAAUAACUCUGACCCAAUAGGUAAAGAAGGAGAAGUUGUGUACAAGGAAGUCAUUAAAUCACCCACCACCUCCCGCAUCUCUCUUGGAAAGAAGGUCAAAUCCGUGAAAGAGACAAUGAGGAAGAGAAUGUCUAAAAAAUACAGCAGCUCUGUGUCUGAGCAGGACACGGGCCUCGAUGGAAUGCCUGGUUCCCCUCCAUCUUCCCAGCCUGACAGUGAACACAUGGACAAGCCCAAGCUCAGAGCCGGAGGUUCUGUAGAGAGUCUGCGGAGUUCUCUGAGCGGACAGAGCUCGAUGAGUGGUCAGACAGUGAGUACCACUGAUUCCUCCACCAGCAACAGGGAAAGCGUCAAGUCGGAAGACGGUGACGAUGAGGAGCCCCCCUACCGGGGCCCCUUCUGUGGGCGCGCCAGGGUGCACACCGACUUCACACCCAGUCCCUAUGACACAGACUCGCUCAAGCUCAAGAAAGGAGACAUCAUCGAUAUUAUCAGCAAACCACCCAUGGGCACCUGGAUGGGCCUGUUGAACAACAAGGUUGGCACCUUCAAAUUCAUCUACGUGGAUGUGCUAAACGAGGAAGAGGAGAAGCCCAAGCGCCCCACCAGGAGGAAGAGAAAGGGAAGACCACCCCAGCCCAAAUCCGUGGAGGAUCUCCUCGAUCGGAUUAACCUGAAAGAGCACAUGCCCACUUUCCUGUUCAAUGGAUAUGAAGAUCUGGACACGUUUAAGCUCCUCGAGGAGGAAGACUUGGACGAGUUAAAUAUCAGGGACCCAGAGCACAGAGCCGUUCUCUUGACCGCGGUGGAGCUGCUCCAGGAGUAUGACAGUAACAGCGACCAGUCAGGCUCCCAGGAGAAGCUGCUUGUUGACAGCCAGGGCCUGAGCGGAUGCUCUCCCCGGGACUCCGGCUGCUACGAGAGCAGCGAGAACCUGGAAAAUGGCAAGACUCGGAAAACUGGCCUUCUCUCUGCCAAGUCGUCAGCCGAGUCCAGCUUGGAGUCUUUCAGCAGGAGCCAGCUGGGCAACUACCCCACCCUGCCCUUACCGAAGCCGGGGGACACACGGAAGCAGGGGGGGGAGGGCCGGCUGGACAGCGGGCUGACCCCUCACACUUUCCAGCGCUGUGAUCAGCCGUGUGUGACGGGUUUGAAUAAAAACCGGAGGAGCCUCCCCUUUUCCAUCUGUCGGAGCUGUGAGACCCUGGAGGGCCCCCAGCCUGUGAAAACCUGGCCCCGAUCCCAUUCCCUGGACGACCUUCAAGGAGAGCCUGAUGCUGAAAAAGAUGUGCCUAGUGCGGUGACAGCACCCUGCCCUCAGAUUACACCGGAAGUGCCACAAAAGAUAGCCUCCUCCGUCACCAAGGGUCACAGCCCCCAGCGAGACGUUGCUGUUGGCAAUGCGUUGCUACUGCCCCAAAGCAAGAGAUGUCCUGACCCUCAGCCAACGACUACUAAGAAACUGGGGGGCUCGAAUGCAGCCUCUCCACGUAGCAUGUCACCUCUGUGUUUGCCCAAAAACUGUGAUGCUCAGCCUGCUAGAAACAGUUUCGCAAGGACUCCUCUCGAGGGUCACAGAAAAGGACUCGAUUUUGAAGGAACGUGUCACCCCCCAGGCACCAAAGAAGGUGAGCAGAGGGGCCCUGAGGCCAAAACCCCGGCCAGAAUUCCUGUGCAGCCUCCACCUGUUCCUGCCAAGAAGAGCAAGGAGCGCCUGGCCAACGGCCUCCCCCCGGGCCCGCCUGGUCCCGGCGCACCCAGCCUGCCGCUGAAAAAGGGCAGCUCCAGCGGCCCCACCUCCCCGCAGGCUGCUGGGCCUCCCGCAAGGCAGGAGCCCGGCAGCCCACCAAGCCCGAGGCCUCCGCCUUGGCUCUCAGAGCUGCCAGAGAGCACCAGCCUCCAGGAGCACGGCGUGAGGCUGGGCCCGGCUCUGAGCAGGAAGAUCUCCUGCGCCCGGGGAGUCGAUCUCGAAAUGCUCACUGAAGAUAAGUUACAGGCUGAAGGCAUCGAUCUCACUGAGGAGCCGUAUUCUGAUAAGCACGGCCGCUGUGGGAUCCCUGAAGCCCUGGUGCAGAGAUACGCAGAAGACCUGGGUCAGCCCGAGAGGGACGUCGCCACCAACAUGGACCAGAUCCGGGUGAAGCUGCUUCGCAAGCAGCACCGAAUGGCGAUCCCAAGUGGCGGACUCACAGAAAUCUGCAGGAAGCCCCUGUCUCCCGGCUGUGUGUCGUCCGUGUCCGAGUGGCUGAUUUCCAUCGGUCUGCCCAUGUACACCAGUGCCCUCACCGCGGCGGGGUUCAGCACACUGGGCCAAGUGCCUUCUCUGUCCCACACUUGCCUUCAGGAGGCCGGCAUCACAGAGGAGCGACACAUAAGCAAGCUCGUGUCUGCAGCCAGACUCUUCAAACUGCCGCCAGGCCCCGAGGCCAUGUAGCCAGGCCUGAGCAGGACCUCCCUGGACAAGAGCCACCCUUUCACUGUGCUUAUGAUGCUGAUGCAAUUUCUCCUUCCUGGACAUGCAGACCAGAUCCAGAAGAAGGGCCCAGUGUGUGGCCAAACAGAAACCUUGGCACAGGACCCAAGACCCUCUCUUCUCCAGAAAAGCCCCUUUGAGGAAAUUGGGGUGGUUCUCUUUGACCCCCAAAGAAAAGACAAGCACUUAUUUUUAUUUCCAGAACACGAUAGAACCAAGAUGCCAACUUGCCACAAAUGCUGUGCCUCCGGUCUGUCUGGGUGCCUGGGAGAGGGCUGGGGGCAGAGGGCGGGGCAGCCUGUUCCUUCCUGAUGGUGCCCUUGACCUUCUGCCUGUCACUGUGCAGGAUGCCCGAGGACCAGACAGGCUUAGCUAGGCCAAAGUAACAGACUCGGGAGUGAUUGUACACGGUCGACAUGCUCAUUGGUUCAAACGUAAGAAAAUCUGUCUGCACUAGGAAAAAAAAAAAGUCCUCUUCUCCUUUAGAUAAACAAGAGACAUUUUAAUAAUUGCUUUCUAGCAAUCAGCUUUUAUUUGCCUUAAUAUAAGCUUUUAAGCAGUUAUCUAACUAGUGUUCACUACCCUGUAACCAUAGUUCCAAGUCUUCAGCUUAGACUGCCGUCUAACUAUUUGGGAUUUCCAACAAAAACGAGCUUUUCCAAUGAUCUCAUUCUAACAUGGCUUAUUUCGUAGGUGUGUGUAUCAGGCACAAAGUUCACGUUGGCUUUUAGUUUUUAAACUAACUACAAAUCCAGUAAAAACAAGUAUUUGAAAUUCACAAAGAUAUCAUGUGUGUAUAUGUGAGUGUCUGUGUGUGGGUGUGUGUGGGUGUGUGGGUGCUUAUAUAACUACCUUUCAUUUUAAUCAGUUUAGUAUUGUUACCAUGUUGGUCACUGUGCUGCGGUAUUGACUUGGACCCCUGACCAUGUCCAUUCCAAAACUCAGUCAUCAGCUAACAGGUCACCUUUGCAAAGAGUCAUCGUAAGGUUGAGUAUUUCAGAAAGAUGUUUUGAAAAAGGGACGUAGUUUAUGAGAUGUUUUUAAA